CUAUAUCACAAUUGAAAUUGAAACAUUGUGAUCUUAAAAGUAUAUAAAUUUCAUUCAAAAAUUUUUCAUUUUUAAAUUAUUUUGCACAACAUAAAGUUAUGAAUAAAAUAAUUUUAGUGACUGGGGGUUCUGGUUUAGUUGGGAGUGCCAUCAGAGAUGUUGUAGAACAUGAAGGUAAUGCAUUACCUGAUGAAAAAUGGAUAUUUACAAAUUCAAAAGAGGCCGAUCUUAGCAAUUUACAAGACACUAGAACCUUGUUUGAAAAAUAUAAACCAACACAUGUAAUUCAUCUAGCUGCAAUGGUUGGAGGUUUAUUUCAUAAUAUGAACAACAAUUUAGACUUUUUGCGUAAAAAUAUUCACAUUAAUGACAAUGUACUUGAGACUAGUUAUCAAUUCAAUGUAACUAAAGUAGUAUCUUGUCUUUCUACCUGCAUAUUUCCUGAUAAAACUUCUUACCCAAUUGAUGAAUCUAUGGUGAGUAAAAUUGUUCUUGUAGGUGUUAACAAAAUAUCAUUAAUUUACCAAGAGAAAUAUGAAGUUGUUUUUACAUCAGUUGUUCCAUGUAAUGUUUAUGGACCGAAUGAUAAUUUUGACUUACAAAAUGCUCAUGUUGUUCCUGCUUUAAUUCAUCGUUUAUAUCAAGCUGUAAAUAAUGGUAGUUAAAUUAUUCCUCUUAAUUUGUCACU